UUCCUCGCUCACCCUGGUUCCUCUCGGAGCGGAGAAGGCAAAUGGCGGACUUCGACACCUACGACGAUCGGGCCUACAGCAGCUUCGGCGGCGGCAGAGGGUCCCGUGGCAGUGCUGGUGGCCAUGGUUCCCGUAGCCAGAAGGAGCUGCCCACAGAGCCCCCCUACACAGCAUAUGUAGGAAAUCUACCUUUUAAUACAGUUCAGGGUGACAUAGAUGCUAUCUUUAAGGAUCUCAGCAUAAGGAGUGUACGGCUAGUCAGAGACAAAGACACAGACAAAUUUAAAGGAUUCUGUUAUGUAGAAUUUGACGAGGUGGAUUCCCUUAAGGAAGCCUUGACAUACGAUGGUGCACUGUUGGGUGAUCGGUCACUUCGUGUGGACAUUGCAGAAGGCAGAAAACAAGAUAAAGGUGGCUUUGGAUUCAGGAAAGGUGGACCAGAUGACAGAGGAAUGGGUGGCUCUCGAGAAUCUAGAGGUGGAUGGGAUUCCCGGGAUGACUUCAAUUCCGGCUUCAGAGAUGACUUCUUAGGAGGCAGAGGAGGGAGUCGCCCAGGUGACCGGCGAACAGGUCCCCCAAUGGGGAGUCGUUUCAGAGAUGGCCCUCCCCUUCGAGGGUCCAGCAUGGAUUUCAGAGAACCAACAGAAGAGGAAAGAGCACAGAGACCACGGCUCCAGCUUAAACCUCGCACAGUUGCAACGCCCCUCAAUCAAGUAGCCAAUCCCAACUCUGCAAUCUUCGGGGGAGCCAGGCCCAGAGAGGAAGUCGUCCACAAGGAGCAAGAAUGAGCUGCGGUUGGGAGGGAAUGGGGUGCAGGGGGACAUAGAGCAAGACCAUAGCUGGCUGGGCCCCUGGACCAGCAGCCCUGCAGUCACCACUCCUGCGCCUGAUCUCUGUCCUCCUCUCUCACAGCGGAAACACAGAGCUUGUGAGUGCAUGUCAGCAGUUAACAAGUGGUUUUUGGUACAUUCUCGGCUUUGCUGUAUCUCUGUAGUGCCUGUUUUCUGCUUUUUUUUCUGCCGCUCCUUCCCCAUUUUCCUUCUGUCCUUUUUCCUUCUUGCUCCUUGUCUCCUUCCAACACAUGAGCUUCUCUAGCGUGAUGAAGGCGGCCACCAUGUGGGAGUUAUUUGGAUUGAGGUGCUGCUUCACUUUCUCCUUUGCUUUCUCUUUUUACUUUAGACACACUGGCCAGCUCUAGUCAUUUCCUUUGGUUUCUCAGUGCUUCUCCCCUGACCUGCAUGUUGAGUUCUGUAUUGCUGUGUCUUCCAAGAAAGAAACAAAAGAAGUCGCAGACUGGAGAGCGUCUUGUUUGUACUCAGCUGUGAUCAACACACAUAAUUUGAGGCACCUUGUUUUCAAAACAAGGAAAAAAUAUCUGUUGAUCCUCACCAAUUCCUCCCUGUCCCUAUUUAUAGGUAGUCCUGUGUCUGUUACCCAAUCCCUACGUGGGUUAUUCAAGCAGAAUAGGCUCCCAUUUUAAACUGUGAAAUCUAAGAGAAGAGGAAGGUGAGAUGUUGGUGAGGAGUUCACAUAGAGGGUAAACGGAAUGCACUGCUGUGUCCACAUGUUUUAUUAUUGCUCUUUCAAAACCAUGUCCAAAGUGGUUCCCUCCUUUCACCGCUGUGUUAGAGGCUGGAUGUAGCAAACUGCCAUCUGGUUUCCUUUGCACUCGGCAAAGGUGCUUUUCUAGGGGAGAAGGGUGUGGCAGGAGAGCUGCGCUGGGCCAACUGGAUAGUGUGCACACUGCUCUUGGUCACACCCCUGUUGGCUGUGUGUUCUGCAUCUCUCCCUUGUGUUUGUCUGUUCCUGGUGUAAGUAACAGAACGAGAUACUGGCUUCCCACCAUCCCUUCAUUUUAUAAUGAAAAUGGGUCUAGAAUCUGGCACUUUACUCUGUUUCACUUGAUGAAUUGAGAAUUUUACUAUGUAGAGCUGUCAGGAACCUUAAAAUAACUGGUAGGUGGCCAUACGUCACUAGGUCUCACCUUUGGGAUAGAGUUUCUUGUUCCCACGUACAAUGUUCAGCACUUCAGGGCCAGGCGCUGGGCAGUAGCUUUUGAGCUGGAACACCUGUCUGAGCAGAUUAAAUUUUUUAGCACCCGAGUCCCAGUCAGUCCCAUUGGGAGCAAUUUGGGGUCAGCUGGCAGCUUAGAGUCCCAGAGGAAAGAGACCCUCCCAGCAUGACUGAAGGGCUGGGGGUAGCCUGGCCUCUGCAGCACAGUGUACUCCGAUAGGAAUUCGUCACUAGCUGGCAUCCUGGGCUUCUCCUACUUUGUCUAUGUUACGAGGUCUCAGCAAUUCACAGAACUCUCCCUUCCUUUCCUCCCUUCCACCUGUCAUCUCUGCUUCUGAAAUAAGAACCAUUUGUGUAACACCAGUACUUAACUUAAGAAAGACAUGCAUUAUGUGGUUGUAAUCAAACCUGAUGCUUUCGGAUGACCUACUUACAUCUACAGUGUGGAAAAGAUUAAGAACAAAACAAAUUCAUCUAAACUUCUGGGCAAUCCAGUUGACUUUUAAAUGUAAGAAUGGAAUUCCAAACACUUAAUACAUUCAGCUAUAUGACAGAAAGUAAAUCUAUGGAUAUGGUAUUUUGUGAAUGAUCUUUUAAAUAAAAGAAAACCUUACAUAAUAUUUAA